UAUAUUUCUAGAUAUACAAACAACCACUGCACCCUUAUAUACUUAUUUAAUUUUGAGAAUGAGGUUGAAAGGUGCAACGAGAACUAUUAGGGUUUGUUGGUCCAUAUGGUUAGGUUAUUUGAUAGUGUUAAUAUCAUUAUUAAUAGGAGGAAGUAGUAGUGUUAGAGUUAGAGAGUAUAAGUUUGAAGUGGGAUACAUGAAGAAGAAGCCAGAUUGCAUUGAGAAUAGUUAUGUUAUGGGAAUCAAUGGCCAUUUUCCAGGUCCAACCAUUAGAGCUCAUGUUGGAGACACUCUUCAUAUUUCACUCUUUAAUAAUAUUUCCACCAAUGAACCCACUUCUAUUCAUUGGCAUGGAAUUUCACAGCAUGGAACACCUUGGGCAGAUGGAACUGCUUCAAUUUCACAGUGUGCAAUAAACCCAGGAGAAACUUUCCAUUAUAGAUUCACUGUUGAUAAGGCUGGUACAUACUUCUACCAUGGACACUAUGGAUUGCAAAGAUCAGCAGGGUUAUAUGGUUCUCUAAUUGUGGAUUUGGCAUUGGGACAAAAAGAACCAUUUCAUUAUCAUUCUGAAUUCAACCUUUUGCUUAGUGAUUGGUGGCACAAUACUUCUUUUCAUCAAGAACUUUCCCUCUCUUCCAAACCAUUUCAAUGGAUUGGAGAACCCCAGUCUUUGUUGAUUAAUGGGAGAGGACAAUAUAAUUGUUCCAUGGCAGCUAAUACUAUGAAUAAUAAUGCGACGUUACCCCAAUGCAAAUUUAGAACAAGUGAUGAAGAGUGUGCACCACAGAUUCUCCAUGUUCAUCCAAACAAGACCUACAGAAUCAGAAUUGCUAGCACCACUUCCUUAUCUUCUCUCAAUUUCGCCAUUUCAAAUCACAAAAUGGUGGUGGUGGAAGCUGAUGGGAACUAUGUUGAUCCCUUUGAAGUUGAUGACAUAGACAUAUACUCAGGAGAGAGCUAUUCAAUCCUCAUAACCACAAAUCAAAACCCUAACAACAAUUAUUGGAUCUCAAUUGGUGUUAGAGGAAGAAAACCUAACACCCCACAAGCCCUAACAAUCCUAAACUACCAAAAAGCAUCUAUUUCUUCCUCUAAUAUUAUUAUCCCUAAUUCUCCACCACCAAUCACACCCCAAUGGAAUGAUUUUAACCGUAGCAAGGCAUUCACUAACAAAAUCCAUGCCCUAAUGGGUUCCCCUAAGCCUCCAACUCACUAUGAUCAUAGGCUUCUACUUCUCAACACACAAAACCUAAUUGAUGGCUACACUAAAUGGGCAAUUAACAACAUUUCCCUAGUGUUGCCACAAACUCCUUACUUGGGUUCCAUUAAAUUCAAGAUAAAUGCUGCGUUCGAUCGUAGACACCCGUCUGAGAAUUUUUCUAAUGGUUAUGAUAUUUUUAGCCCGCCGAUAAACCCUAAUGCAAAUUUUGGAAAUAGGGUUUAUAUGUUUAAUAUGAACCAAGUUGUUGAUGUGAUACUCCAAAAUGCAAAUGUGUUAUCCGGAAAGAACAGUGAUAUUCACCCUUGGCACUUGCAUGGACAUGAUUUUUGGGUAUUAGGGUAUGGAGAUGGAAAAUUCAAACAAGGUUAUGAUGAGAAAAAUUUUAACCUAAAAAAUCCGCCACUAAAAAACACGGCGGCCGUCUUCCCUUAUGGGUGGACUGCUUUGAGGUUUAGGGCAAAUAACCCUGGAGUUUGGUUCUUCCAUUGCCACAUUGAAGCUCAUUUGCAUAUGGGAAUGGGUGUGAUCUUUGCUGAGGGCGUUCAACUUGUGAAGGGCAUACCUAAGCAAGCUCUAGCAUGUGGCCUUACUAAGAAGAUAAUAAUGUCCUUCAACACAACUAAUAAUUAGUUUGAACCUAGGCACUCUAAUUGUAUAUGCCCUAGCCCUAAUUAAUUUCUUGUUAAUCUUAUUGUUACAAUAUAUAAAUACUAUAUCAAUAUACUAGCACUAAUGUUUCAAUUUCUAUGAUAUUUCGGU